GAGUACCGACCGAGACGCCUCUGGAAGCGAGAGAGAUAAACGCAGUAGAUAUAUAUUCCUCUCUAUUUCUGGAUUUAUAGGUUAAGUCUUAGUCACAAGUUGUUUGUUUCGAAGGCUGACGUGCAUUGCACACAUUCUCUCCUUCUUCGUUGUCUCCACUGUCUCUGUGUAUAAACUUGUAAUUGAGCGAGGGAGCGAGAGAGAGAGAGAGAGGAGAGCGAUUGCAAAUUGCGAUGCGCUCGCAAACGAGUGUUUUCUGCAGUCAGCCUAGCAUGACGAGAUUAUACACGUCGGUCGGUAUAAAAGUAAAAGUGCCGCUUUGGCAGUUCGCUGCAGUUGAGACCGUGCGAAGAAAAUCAAUCAAUCGUCCGAUCCCCUGUCAUUCCGUGUUCAACACCAGUGUCAAGUGCGCCUGCAGCGAGUGAGUGCGUGCGCGUAUGGGUUAUCGAGCUUUCGCUGAACUUUAUCGGCGAGAGUUUUCCGCGGCGCCCAUACAGUAAUGAUGAGUAAAAGCGGUUAUUCAUAUUGAUAAACGCGUUGUAACUGAUGCUGCAGCAGUGUGUGUAAUCUUUCGUCAGCGCCAAGUUUAAAUGGAAUCGAGCGAUCCAUCCUGAGAUAUCCGUUGGAUUGUUGCUGGCAUUUUACGAUUAUCAGCUGUGCUUUGUUUAUAUACUCAAGAAAAAUGGGAGGCAGGGUUAGGGAGGUGCCGAAAUACGGCUUCAAAGUGAGACUCGAUCACGAGUACCCGGAGAAAUGGUCGCAGAAGCUGAGGCCCAAGUUCAAGCAGACCAUUCAGAUGAUGCCUCUGGCUGUGAGAUACGUGUUUUACUACACCAACGUAAGCCGUUACGGUAGGCCCGUGCUGAUGGAUUAUUUCAACAUGAGGCAUGGCCAGCAAAUUUACGGUGUCCCGAUAGGAGGAUUGGGUGGUGGCUCGAUCGGCCGUGGCUUCAGGGGUGAGUUCUGCCGGUACGCACUGCUACCGGGCCUCUACAGCUAUCACGUCAUCCCCGCUAAUCAGUUCAUCCUGACUGUGAGGGACGUUAAUGGGAACACGAUAUACAAUCAGGUCUUGUCGACGAAAACGAAACCGAAGCACCUGAGAUCGUGGAAAUGGGGUUUCGAGGGCAACAAGGCCUCGUACACGGGACUCUACCCUCGUUCCUGGACGACUUACGAGGUCGAGGAGCUUGAACUGAAGCUGACCUGCCGACAGGUGUCGCCGGUGAUACCCCACGAUUACAAGGAUAGCUCGCUGCCCUGCGCCGUCUUCGUCUGGGACGUCGUCAACAGAUCGAACAGGGAUCUCAGGAUUGCGAUCACGUUCACUUUUCAGAGCGGAUGUGCCAGCAAGGAGGACGCUCAGGGUGACAAAUGGACGGAAUUUUUCGAGCUAGACGAGAGCAGAGGCACGAUGAUACACCAGGAGUUUCGGGGUAUGCCCUGCACAUACGCGAUAAGCUCGAGGACGCGGCCCGACGACGUCGGCGUGACUCGAAUGAUCGGCUUCGAUCCCAGAGGAAACGGAGCCGUUCUCUGGCAGAGGCUUCAAAACGCCGGCAGGUUCGACGAGAGCGCCGAGCCCAGGAUAUCCAGCAAGACCAGAAAGCCGAUCGCCACCGCCGUCUGCGCCGACACUCUGGUGAAGGCCGGCUCGAGCGGAUUCCUGGAGUUCAGUCUGGCCUGGCACAUGCCGAAGAUCCAGUUCUUCUUCAAGAAAAAGGAUCAUCUCAGGUAUUACACUCAGUUCUUCAGCGGCGAAAAGGCAGGGCCGGAGAUCUGCCGCUACGCGCUUUCCCAGUACGAGCGCUGGGAGGACGAGAUCGAGCGCUGGCAGAAGUCCGUCCUCGAGGAUCCGGAUCUACCCGACUGGUACAAGAGCGCGAUAUUCAACGAGCUGUACUUUGUCAGCGACGGAGGCAGUCUCUGGCUCAGUACCGACGAGAGCAACGAGCUCCAGCCGGAUGAUCCACGGAGAAGGUACGGGCGCUUUGCGUAUCUCGAGGGCCACGAGUACCGCAUGUACAACACGUACGACGUGCACUUCUACGCGGCGUUCGCUCUGGCGCAGCUGUGGCCCAACCUGGAGGCCUGCAUACAAUACGAGUUUCGCGAUAGCGUGCACGCCGAGGACCAGCAGAGGCUACAGGGCCUUUACGACGGCAGCAAGAGGCAUCGCAAAGUCAAGGGGAGCGUGCCCCAUGAUAUUGGCGACCCCGGUGAGGAGCCUUUCGACUUGAUCAACGCCUAUCCCAUCCACGACGUGUCGCAGUGGCGGGAUCUCAAUUCCAAGUUCGUCCUCAGCUGCUACAGGAUCUACUUCUUCAACAGGAACCUCGAGCAGCUGAGGGACUUCUGGUCGACCAUCAAGCUGGUACUGGAGCACAGCCUGACGUUCGACGAGGACAACGACGGUCUAAUAGAGAACGGCGGCUUUCCCGACCAGACGUACGACUGCUGGGUGAUGAGCGGACCGAGCGCGUACUGCGGCGGUUUAUGGAUCGCCGCGCUUCACUGCGCCGUAAAAAUGGCCGAACUUCUGGGGGAGAGCGAAGACGAGGCGAGGUACAAGGGGAUACUCGAUCGCGGCAAAGUUGCCUUUCAGGACAAACUCUGGAACGGAAAGUACUACAAUUUCGACUGCGGCAAGGACGAGAGCAAACUGAGCAUCAUGAGCGACCAGCUCUGCGGCCACUGGCUCUUGAGAGCUUGCGGAUUCAGCUACGAGGUUUUCCCGCAAGAUCGGGUGAGAUCUUCUCUGGAGACGGUCUUUCAGAACAACGUUAUGAAGUACAAAAACGGCCAGCAGGGCGCAGUCAAUGGCUUUUCACCGACCGGCUCCAUAGACUACUCCUGCAUACAGAGCGAGGAGAUGUGGACUGGGGUAGCUUACGGCCUGGCUGCUCUUCUGAUACACGAGGGAAUGAUCGAGGAAGCGUUCCGCACUGCUGAGGGCGUGUACAGAACGGUCUACGAGAAAAUUGGAAUGGGCUUCGAGACACCGGAGGCUUUGUACGAGCACAAGGUUUACCGAGCCAUUGGAUACAUGCGGCCGCUUUCGAUCUGGGCGAUGCAGCAUGCCUGGACCAUGAGGAAAGCUUUAGAUCCGGUAGGGGAUGCUAAUGACGGAAUGACCGAGAUCAAUCUGACUCUCAGCUCGUAGUGCAUUUCCGGAGCUCGGGCCACUCACUCGAUCCGUUUGGAUCAGCUGAGAGAUGUUUUUUAUACGUGAUAUGACGUGCACGAUUUUACUUUUUAGAGUAGCCUACUUUUGUCUCGAGUCAUACACACAAUUUUACUCUUAUACAUACAUUCGCGUCGUAUUUUAUACGAAAACGCCCAAAGAUUGAAUUUUGUAAGCCUGCCUAUAUAAAUAUUACGUAUACAGCAGCUGCGGGCACAAGAGCUACUCUCGCGUACAUUGCAGCGAGCGUUGAUGUAUACUUUCGCACAAUUUUGUUACCUCCUUCAAAGACUAGUCCAGAAGUGCUCUUCACGUUUUUUCUCUAUAAUGUAUUCCGUUUCUAUAUAUACUUCACAUUUUUCGAUAUAAAAAGCUUUGUACAUCAUCAGUCACCUCUUGAUGAUCGCAUAUAGUGUAUACGAAUAAACGAUUUCUAAACUUCA